GUCUGCUCCUUGUGUGCUCUCAGUCAGAUCGAGUAGGAGCGACUGUGGCCUCACGGGAUAUUAACUGAAGCGCGUCUUUAAAAAAAAAAAUAUAUAUAUAAUAAUCUUCACAUUUGAAGCAGUUUAAUUUGCAUCUCCUGCUCCUAAUUGUUGAUUUUUCUCGUUGUCUGCGAUGAAGGCUGUUCCCCCUGCGUACCCCCAGGACUCUUCGUCUUACUCUUCCUCCUCCUCCUCCUCCUCCUCCUCCUCCAGCAACAGCAGCAGCAGCAGUCGGCAGCACUCCCUCCACUAUCUGACCAAGCAGAGCCUGAACGCCGCUCGGUCCAGGAUGGAAGAGGAGGACCGCCACUGUUUGCAGUACGACAUGAACGACUGCUACAGCCGACUGAAGCGACUGGUGCCCACCAUUCCCCAGGAUAAGAAAGUCAGCAAAGUGGAGAUCCUCCAGCACGUCAUUGACUACAUUCUGGACCUGCAAUUGGCCCUGGAGACGCACCCUUCUCUCCACAAACAGGCGCCUCAGCGGACCGGAACGUGCGUUCCUCUGGCGUCCAACCCCAGCCGAACACCGCUUACAGUGCUUAACGUUGACUACCACCAGAGGACAUCAAUUGUCAAAAAGCCCGAGGACUCAAUUUUAUGCCGCUGAAGCAUAUUGCUAUGGUGUGCAGGCUGCACAGAACCGCUCCAAAGCCAGCAAAGCUUCUCCAGGGACUCACAGCCAACUGGACGCACAAUCUCGAGGGAAUUUGGAAACUAUUGUAAGGAACUAAUCUUAAAUAUAAUGACUGUUUUAGUUCCAUAUAGAGCAUGGAAUGAGCAUAAAAGUGUGUUUGUCCCAAGCCAACCGUAUCCCCCCCCCUCCCAUGUUUAUUUUAUAAAAUUUAAAUUAACAGUGUCAACAUUUUUAGACUUCUUUUUUUUGAAACCCCAGUCAUAAACAAAUAUUACAUUGUGAAUUGUGUUUCAAGAAAAAGUGAGUUUAAAGCUUUACUGAACUGCAAAACUGCUGUGUAUAUUUUGGACAUCUAUUGUUUAAAAUAGAUGGAAUGUGUUGAGCAGGAAUGCCAUUCCUGUCAUCAUAUCUUAAUUGACAUUAGAAAGACAAACGAUUCAAUUUGAAUGAAAAAAAACAAUUACGAUUGUACAUGAAGAGAAACAAAUGUUCUAUGACAAAAGUAUGUGAAAGGAAUACAUAUAUGAUUCAAAUAGACUAUUGUAAUUAUAAGAUAUUUUUAUUAAAAGUUUGGUUGGUUGUUUUGUAAAUAUUGUGUUUUCACUUUGAAGUCUUUAGUGAAUGAAUUUGUAUUUGUCCUCACAUGAUGAAAUCUUUGCAAUGUUUUGGAUUAGUUUAAUAUGUAGCAUGUCAUGCUCAGUGCAGAGAUGUCAAAUGUGCACCGAAGCAGGCCUCCCUGUGUAGAUAAGUGCUUUUAUUUGCUCAGCUUUCCCUUGUUGUUUUUAUACUCACUUGAACCAUUCUGGGCAGGAAUGUCGCUCAGCUAUUUUAAAUGUUAGGUUGUUGUAAUUGUUGUUGUUUAUGAAAAAAAAAAAGGACAGACUUCAUUAUUUUACAAUGCACUCUUAUGAAAACAAAUUUUAAGAAAUAUCACAACAUACAGCACUUCUACCAGUGUACAGUACAAUGGCGUUUCUAAAAAUGUAAUUAUACCGAAGGAUGCUAUAAAAAUAAUUUUUCAUUUGGUUAGGACAGUGCAACCAUGAAUUACACGGACAACAAUUAAUUGUGAUUUGCAUGUUUUUCUGCGAUUAUUAACACAUUUCAGCAGCCAUAUGGUUCAAUUAAAAUACGGAAGGAUGUUUUUUCAAACACCGACUUUACCUCACCACCCUGCUGCCAGUGUGGGAGGGCACAUGUACAUGACUGUCAGCUGCUCUGUUGGAAUUGACCUUCACUGGCUUGCGAGGAGUUGUCAAAACAAUUAAAGUUUCCAGGAAGAA